AUGCCCACCACCAUCGCCGCACCUCCGACUAGCGAACCUAGAAGGAAAAAGAAGUACAAAUUAUAUGGGUUGUUGGACGUUAUGGGUAAUGGUUUCCAAAUUCAUGGCGUCGAAUUUCAGAUCGAGGAUUUCCGACGGAUUGAGGUGGUUUCUAGCGUUCAAAUUGGAGAGGAGGAAGGUUUCCGGCGUCUGAUGACACCCUUCCGACAUCACCAAGAACACACCAUCACCUGUGUUUCGCACGUACUGAAGACACCGUCUGCCGUCGUCUCCCUCUUUCUCCCUACUCCCGACAACAACCAAAACCCUAACUAA